AUGGAUCCUUCUCCCACUGCUGCUGCUGCUGUCUCAGCCCUGGCCCUAAGCAUAGCUCCAGCUCUAGCACAGGCCCCUCUGGUACUCCCUGGCCUGUUCAAUCCAUCGCCCCUUCCUUUCCCUGGACAAGAAGUAGGUAGGAGUGAAAGAGGGGCUUGCCUUUGGAGACCCUGGCUGUGCUUUACAAGUGAUUCCCCAAGGCAGGUGAGGAAACUUGUGGAUUUGGCCACUUCUGGGGCAACAAGUGCCAAGGUCACCAAAGCUGACUCUAAGUUCCAUCACCCCGUCAGGCUCUUCUGGUCCAAAUCUUGCUCCUUUGACUACCUAUACAGUUAUGGGGAGAUUUUACUGCAAAGCUUCCCUGUCCAGGCAACCAUCAAUCUGUAUGAAGACUCAGACAGCGAAGAGGAAGAGGAAGAUGGUGAAGAAGACAAGGAGGACGAAGAAGAGGAGAAAUAG